AUGCCCUAUGGCUACCCGGCUGGCCAGUUUGGCCCUCAAGGACAGCAGCCGCCGCAGUGGCCACAGAAUGGUGCCACUGGUCCUGGCGGUCCAAUACCUGGUCAGCAAAUGAUGUACCAGCGACCUGACCCGGCCAUCGAGCCUGCUUCAGCUACACAGACUUCCCACUCGGGCAGCCUACAUGCACCCAGCCCAGCCCCGCAGGCUCAGGCACAGUCUCAGACACAACCGCCAGUCCAAGCUGCCCCCCCCUCUCUAACAUCGGCUUUUUCACCCCAGCAAGCGCAAGCGCCCCCGCGGCAACAGCCGGCAAACGAACAGGUCUUCGUCCGGGCGCCUUCUUCGGCUGAUCGGCUGCCUCAGCAGGCGCAACCUCCUCUGGCACCGACCAACUUCGGAGCCUCAGAGAAUCUGCCCAAGUCUUCUGGCCCAGCGCUCACCCUCCAGGCAACCCAGGGCGCAUACUCAGUGUCACGAUCCCCAGGUCACAGCGCGCAGUCCAGCGUGUCGGGCUCCCGGCCAGAACCCGCCCGGCUCACCACGACGUUAAGCCAGGACAGGAAUAUCUCGCCAACACCUCAGCUCCGGUAUCCAGGACAGCCACCUGCCGAUUUUGGUUCGGCGCGCAAUCCGGCAAUCUCAAACCCGCCGAGCCCGUCGCAGACCCGGGGACUAGGCCCAGGACAACAACAAGGCCAGCUACAGAGCAACCUAGGCCUAGUUCCUCAACGCCAGCCGAGCGCCGUCAGCCAAAUCUCAACACAGCCCGGUGGAGCCUCGCCGCCUCAGGGCUCAGAGGUCGUCGCCUCACCCAUCUCGCACGCCAGCCUCACCGGGCAGUCUCCCAUCACGGCCCCAAGCCCGCACGUGACGCCCGAGAGAACCGUCAGCCCCGAGCCCCCGGCCCAACAGCAAGCCGGCCCCAAGCCCAGCAUUCUUGUUCAAGACUACCGAAGGGCCGUAAGCCCGGAGCCGCCGUCCCAGCUGCUCGCCCCUCCCAACUCGGGCCUAGAGCAACGACUGCUCCAGCGCGUCGACGAGGACAACAUCUACGACGCCACCCCGCGCCACUCGGUCCAGCCUCCUCUUCCCCUGCAGCAGUUACGCCGCGACGAUAUCCCCAGCCAGAUCAACAGUUUCGGCCGCAGAGCCCCGCCCGGCAGCACUGCCGAGCCCAAGACGGCCGGUCUGUCCCACGACGUGGUCGGGGCCAGGUCUAGCAGGGAGACAAACAACCACAAGCCGAGCGAGAACAUAAUUAUCUCAGCGGCCGACGACGCGGCCGCGCGGCCGCCCAUCUCGCCGGCAUCGUCGGGUCCGCAAGAUAACGACCGGGAGACGGCUUUUGCCCGCGGCGGCGAGAACGGCAUCAUCAUGCCAUCAUCGUCGUCUCGGGAGGCUGAACAACAACAACAGCAGCAGCAGCAGCAGCCCCCGCAGAAAUCAACGCUCGUCGACUUUGUCGAAGAGGCCAAGCGCAAGGCCCUCCUCCGCGAGCAGGAGGAGAAGAUCCCCGUCUUCCCCACCGAGCCCGACAUGGACUUCGCCGCCGCCGCCGCUGCCAAGAAGAAGGAGCAGGAGGAGCUGCCGCAGAUGACGGCCACGAGCUAUCCCGGGCAGGAGUGGAACCCUUACGGGGACGGGCUCGAGGAGUGGGAAUAG